GAACUCCCUUGUCUUCCUACUUGAGUCGUCUUUAAUCCGUCAUAUUUUAGAUUGAAUUUGUUCACUUUCUCUUCUCUUCCCCCUCUCUACUUCUUCUGUAAUGUUUCUUCGGCUGGUUGGUUUUCUGCUUCAUUAUUUUCUUCAAUUAAAGAGGGGUUCUCGCUAAUCUUAUAGUGGUUCAUUUUGGUUUUCUCCUUAUCACUAAGGUUUAGAGUAUUUCAAUCUAUAGUAUGUUGGUAAUUUUGAACGAGAAAGUAGAUGGCAAAUUGUUUUGAUCCCUACAACUAUAAUUCCAUUGGAAUAUGGAACCCGAGUCUCGAAAAGUUGGAGAUCAAGAUCACAAAUUCAUCGAUGAUAAAUACAGUGUUGAAGCCAGCGAAAAUCAAGCCAAUGAGGCACUACGUUUGCCCAUUACAGAGGCAGCACCAAUAUACGAGCAGCUUUUAACGGUGUUUCCCACUGCGGCAAAAUAUUGGAAGCAAUAUGUGGAGGCGCAAAUGGCUGUAAAUAAUGAUGAUGCCACAAAACAGAUAUUUAGCCGGUGUCUGUUGAAUUGUCUGCAAAUUCCUCUUUGGCGAUGCUACAUUCGUUUCAUCAGAAAGGUCAAUGACAAGAAGGGGGUAGAGGGUCAGGAAGAGACUAGAAAAGCUUUUGAUUUUAUGCUCAGUUAUGUUGGAGCAGAUAUAGCAUCCGGGCCUGUGUGGAUGGAGUACCUCACUUUUUUAAAGUCUUUGCCGGCUUUAAACACACAGGAAGAGUCGCAGCGCAUGACUGCUGUGCGAAAAGUAUACCAGAAAGCCAUUGUUACUCCUACCCAUCACAUCGAACAACUCUGGAAGGAUUACGAAAAUUUUGAAAAUUCUGUCAGCCGUCAACUGGCAAAAGGACUGUUAUCUGAAUAUCAACCCAAAUUUAACAGCGCCAGGGCCGUUUAUAGGGAGCGGAAGAAGUAUGUUGAUGAAAUUGACUGGAAUAUGCUUGCUGUACCACCAAAUGGCUCUUAUAAGGAAGAACGACAAUGGAUGGCAUGGAAAAAGUUAUUAGCUUUCGAAAAAGGAAACCCACAAAGGAUAGACAAUGGAUCAUCCAACAAGCGAAUCAUUUUCACUUAUGAGCAGUGUCUAAUGUAUCUAUACCAUUAUCCUGAUUUAUGGUAUGACUAUGCCAUGUGGCAUGCAAAAAGUGGUUCUGUAGAUACUGCAAUUAAAGUAUUUCAAAGAGCAUUGAAGGUUCUUCCUGACUCGGAGAUGCUUAGAUAUGCUUAUGCAGAGCUGGAAGAAUCCCGUGGAGCAAUUCAGCCCACAAAGAAAAUAUAUGAAGGCCUUUUGGGAGAUGGUAUUAACACAUCAGCACUUGCUCAUAUACAGUUUAUUCGCUUUUUAAGGAGAAAUGAAGGAGUGGAAGCAGCUCGCAAGUACUUUUUAGAGGCGCGCAAAUCUCCAAACUGCACGUACCAUGUUUAUGUUGCUUAUGCGAUGAUGGCUUUCUGUCUUGACAAGGAUCCAAAGAUGGCACACAACGUUUUUGAAGCUGGGUUGAAACGGUUUAUGCAUGAGCCUGUUUACAUUCUUGAAUAUGCAGACUUUUUAACUCGUUUGAAUGAUGAUAGAAAUAUUCGGGCCUUAUUUGAGAGGGCAUUAAGCUCAUUACCAUCAGAAGAAUCUGUCGAGGUAUGGAAGCGAUUCACCAUUUUUGAGCAAACUUAUGGAGAUUUGGCUAGCAUGUUGAAGGUUGAACAAAGGAAAAAAGCAGCACUUACCGGAGCAGGUGAAGAGGGACCUUCAUCAUUGGAAAGUUCAUUGCAAGAUGUUGCAUCACGAUAUAGUUUCAUGGAUCUCUGGCCCUGCUCUUCAAAGGACUUGGAUCAUUUAGCCCGACAAGAGGUACCUUUAGUGAAAAUGUUAUGCUAGUAUUUCCAUUUCCACCAUGAACAUCUUUGUCAUCAGCCUUUCCCUUUUUCGUAGUAUGUACACAUGCCCCGUACUGCCAUCUAUUCAAAAAGCUGAUGCCUAAGAGAUUAUAUUUAUUUAUUUAUUUUACAUUUUCUUCAUGCUACCGAAAACACUAAAAUCAUAAGAAUGAAAUAUGUAAAGGGGACAGUGUAAUUUUAUGUUGAAUCAGUAUUCAUUCACCA